GCGCCCGCCGCUCACGGUCAGGGGUUGCCGGAUCCCGUCCGCGGGCGAUGCUGCUGCGUAGGGUGGUCGAGGGAGGCCGGGCGGUAGCCGCCGCGGCCCGUGGCUCGGGGGCUCGCCGGUUCUCCAGCCCGGACUGCUGCCAGAGGCUUCCUGGAGGUGGCAGCUUUCUUCAAAGGCACCAUCCCGGAGCGCAAGCCCCUGAUGGGCGCAGAAAAUUCGGGACAGACCACGUAGAGGUGGGCUCCCAGGCAGGUGCGGACGGCACCAGGCCGCCCAAGGCAUCGCUGCCACCUGAGCUCCAGCCGCCCACAAACUGCUGCAUGAGUGGCUGCCCCAACUGCGUGUGGGUGGAGUACGCGGACAGGCUGCUGCAGCACUUCCAGGACGGUGGGGAGCGGGCCCUGGCUGCCCUGGAGGAGCACGUGGCUGAUGAGAACCUCAAGGCCUUCCUCAGGAUGGAGAUCCGGCUGCACACCAGGUGCGGAGGCUGAGCCAGCCCUGCUGGACUCCCUCCCGCAGGACGGAGUCCAGGACGCAGCCGCAGCCUCCUUCCUUCACACCCCCUCACAGACUCCUUGUGUCCAACGGGAAUAGGAAGAAUUAGUUACUGACUUCACCUGAGAAAAAAAUAAAUUCUCUAUGGUGGUUUCACAGGA